AUGAUUGACUAUACGGAGCUUCUUAUCCCUACACUGAAGGCCUUAGCUGGCCGUGAUGACUGCAUGGUUAUCGGAGCACUCGGUAUCCGGGGAGCUAAGUUGGAGGGCGUGGAAAUAACAAUCAAUGCGAAGAUCGUCGACUUCCUGCUCUACGAUGCAGUUCUCAAAUACGCGGAUGUGUUUGUGUCCAAUGCUGGAUACGGUGGGCUCAUGCACAGCGUCAUGAACGGCGUUCUAAUGGUGUUGGCUGGGACCGGACAAGACAAAGCCGAAGUAGCGAUGCGCGGCGAGUGGGCUGGGAUCGCCGUGAACCUGCGGACAAAAACGCCUACUGUCGAGGCUCUCCAGAAAGCUGUCGGUAGAGUCCUGUCGGAGACAGACUUCAAAGUGCGUUGUACUCAGAUUCAACGUGAAAAUGAGCAGUUGAACUGUCUGGUUCAGCUGGAGAAGCUUAUUGACGGGAAAGCAUAG